AUGAAGAGACUCAGCAGUAAACCUGAGACAACAGGAAACCUCAGCAGUAAACCUGAGACAACAGGAAACCUCAGCAGUAAACCUGAGACAACAGGAAACCUCAGCAGUAAACCUAAGACAAUAGGAAACCUCAGCAGUAAACCUAAGACAAUAGGAAACCUCAGCAGUAAACCUGAGACAAUAGGAAACCUCAGCAGUAAACCUAAGACAAUAGGAAACCUCAGCAGUAAACCUGAGACAACAGGAAACCUCAGCAGUAAACCUAAGACAAUAGGAAACCUCAGCAGUAAACCUGAGACAAUAGGAAACCUCAGCAGUAAACCUGAGACAAUAGGAAACCUCAGCAGUAAACCUGAGACAAUAGGAAACCUCAGCAGUAAACCUAAGACAAUAGGAAACCUCAGCAGUAAACCUGAGACAAUAGGAAACCUCAGCAGUAAGCCUGAGACAAUAGGAAACCUCAGCAGUAAACCUAAGACAAUAGGAAACCUCAGCAGUAAACCUGAGACAACAGGAAACCUCAGCAGUAAACCUGAGACAAUAGGAAACCUCAGCAGUAAACCUGAGACAAUAGGAAACCUCAGCAGUAAACCUGAGACAAUAGGAAACCUCAGCAGUAAACCUGAGACAACAGGAAACCUCAGCAGUAAACCUGAGACAACAGGAAACCUCAGCAGUAAACCUGAGACAACAGGAAACCUCAGCAGUAAACCUCAGACAACAGGAAACCUCAGCAGUAAACCUGAGACAACACGGGCUUAA